CAAACUCAGGAGUUCAGAGUGAAACCGGCGAUAAAAUCAGAACAUCGUGUUUCUUUGCUCCUUCAUUGUCGGAUCUGGACGACUUUCAGUCAGAUUAGGAAGCAGCUAAGCAGCCACAGAUCUUCAAGGUGAGCACAUCGACUGGAAACCAGCAGAGAAACCAUUCGGACCAGAAGAUGAAGAUGACGAAGACCCUGGUGCUGCUGCUGCUGGUGGCUGCGGCCAACGCUAAAGUCUUUGAGCGCUGUGCGUGGGCGCGCACCUUGAAGGCCAAUGGCAUGGAUGGUUACCAUGGCAUCAGCCUGGCCGACUGGGUUUGCCUGACCCAACACGAGUCAAACUUCAACACCAACGUCAAAUACCGCAACACAGACGGCUCCACCGACUACGGCAUCUUCCAGAUCAACAGCCGCUGGUGGUGCAGAGAUGGCGGAGUCUCAACAUCCAACGGAUGCGGCAUCAACUGCAGCCAACUCCUGACAGACGAUGUGAGAAAGGCGAUCACCUGCGCCAAACGCGUCGUCAGGGAUCCCAAUGGCGUCGGAGCAUGGGUGGCCUGGCGUCGUCAUUGUCAGAACCGAGACCUGAGCAGCUACCUGAGGGGCUGCAGACUCUAACCUGGACCUGAAGACCAGAUGAACCUUCAUCCAGAAACAUCGUGUCUGUAGCUUUUAGAGAUCCGGUUAAAUCAAACUAAGUACACCCCUGAUCCGGAGAUACUCAGCCUCUUCCUUUCCUCUGCUGGUCUGAUGCUGCAUUCACUGACCGCUCAGUGACUCUAAAGACCUUCUGUCAAAUUCAACACAUCCUGACUCGUCAGACAGAAAUUGUGAUUUUUUUCUGUUGCGUUAUUUUCUAUUCAAUAUUAGAAAAUCGACCUGAAGACAUUUCUUAUCUUCUCCAGCUCAGCUUUUCUUCAAGGCUCAUUUAUCAAGAUUCACAGGAACGAUGCAGUAAAAGCCUCAAAAUCAGAGGAAAUUUCACCUUUAUUAUUUCCAGAUCCAUGUCUGGUUUUAUGACGAUGAAACUCUGAUGUUUCUUAUUAAACAUGAAUUUAAAUAAAUUAAAUUCAUUUAAUAAAUUGGAGUUUUCAUGAUGUUGGAUUGGUGAUCUCUCCUAAAGUUGGUCGAACCAGUCAGGGAAUGAAAUUAAAAUGAAUUUUUAAAAAUGAAUGGGUUAAUAAAUCUAUCAUCCAUC